AUGAGCUUCCUCGCUCCGCCGCCGCCGUCGCUCAAGGCAGCCGCGGGCGUUCCGGCGGCCGGAAUCGGCAUCCCGUGGCCGCGGCAGCGAUUGGAUGGUCGCCGUUUGCGAGCAGCCCCAGCAGGUCUUCCUCGACUGGCAUCAGUGCAAAGCGUGGUGCUGGACAUCGAGGGCACGACGAGCCCCAUCUCGUUCGUGACGGACGUGCUCUUCCCCUACGCCCGCGACAACGUCCGCAAGCACCUGGACGCCACCUACGGCACCCACGAGACCAACGACGACAUCGCCCUGCUGCGCGCUCAGGUCGAGCAGGACCUAGCCGAGGGCGUCGCCGGCGCCGUCCCGGUUCCGCCGGACGAGGCUGGAAAGGACAGCGUCAUCGACGCUCUGGUCGCCAACGUGGAGGCCAUGAUCAAGGCGGAUAGGAAAAUAACCUCACUGAAGCAAUUGCAGGGCCACAUCUGGAGGACUGGGUUCGAGGGCCAAGAAAUCAAGGGAGUGGUGUUCGAUGACGUGCCACCAGUUCUCGAGAAGUGGCACGCGAGCGGCAUCAAGACGUACAUAUAUUCCAGUGGUAGCAGAGAAGCCCAGAGGCUUAUUUUCGGGAACACUACCUACGGCGACCUUAGAAAGCACCUGUGUGGAUUUUUUGACACGACAAUUGGAACCAAGAGAGAAGCUCGCAGCUACUACGAAAUCUGGCAGUCCGUUGGGGUAGAUCGGCCGUCUCAGAUAUUGUUCUUGACAGAUGUGUAUCAAGAAGCCACAGCAGCACAGGCCGCAGGCCUUGAGGUACUAAUAUCUAUCAGACCUGGAAAUGCGCCACUCCCUGAAAACCAUGGGUUUGAGACAAUCAAGUCAUUUGCUGAAAUCUUGACAUGA